AUGAGACUCCUGGCUUUCCUGGGCCUGCUGGCUCUGGUGCUGCGGGAGGCAGGAACAGCUUCUCUCCCAAAGGAGGGAAGGAAGAGGAGAGAAGAGCAGACGCCCAGGGAAGAGGACUCUUACGCAGCUCUGCCUGUGGGGAACAAUGUCCCAAACCCGGACAACUACGGCGAUGUCAUUGACCUGAGCAACUACGAGGAGCUCACAGAUUAUGGGGAACAGCUCCUGGAGAUUAAGGUGACCAGCCUGGCUCCUCCAACCAGGGUCAGUGCCACCAAGAGCUCUAUGCCUGCAAGGACAUCCUCAGCAAACCCCAUGAUGACCAGGCCUACGACGCUGGGCCUAUCAGGCUUCUUGGCCAACCACGAUCUGCCCACCUGUCUGGUCUGCGUGUGCCUUGGUUCCUCCGUGUACUGUGAUGACAUCGACCUAGAGGACAUUCCACCUCUUCCCUGGACAACUGUCUACCUGUAUGCCCGCUUCAACCGUAUCAGCCAUGUCAGGGCUGGAGACUUCGAAGGGCUGACCAAACUGAAGAGAAUUGACCUCUCUAGCAACUCCAUCUCCUCCAUCGACAACGAUGCCUUCCGCAUGCUGUCUGCCCUUCAGCAUCUGAUCCUCCCAGGGAAUAAGCUGGCAGCUCUGCCGGUGCUGCCCGGUGGCAUCGAGUUCCUAGACGUUCGCCUGAAUCGGCUGCGGAGCUCGGGGAUACACCCUGGAGCCUUCAGGGCGAUGAAGAAGCUGCAGUUCCUCUUCCUGGCCGACAACCUGCUGGAGUCCGUCCCUGGCCCUUUCCCCCUGAGCCUGCGCUCGCUGCACCUGCAGAAUAACAGGAUAGAGACCAUGCAGAGAGACACCUUCUGCGACCCUGAGGAGCACAAACACACUCGCAGGCAGCUGGAAGACAUCCGCCUGGAUGGCAACCCCAUCAACCUCAGCCUCUUCCCCAGCGCCUACUUCUGCCUGCCCCGGCUCCCUGUAGGCCGCUUCACCUAGUCUGACUCUGCCGCUCCUCCCUGG